AUGGCGUCCCAUCGCGCGGACGCAAGCAACUUCCUGGACAAUCGCGGCUACUCUGGCCCUCUCGUUCGCGGCGUGAACCCCAUUACACUAUUCGAAAAAGCAGUACGCGACCGGAUUACGGACUCCUACUACUGGAAAGAACAAUGCUUUGGCCUGAGUGCCGCGACACUGUGUGAUCGCGCGAUCGAGCUGACUUCGAUUGGAGGUACAUACGGACUCGCUCAGAAACCGACACCAUUUCUCUGUCUAGCCUUCAAAAUGCUCCAGCUCUCACCUGAGCGCGAAGUAGUUCUAGAAUACUUGAAUUUCAGCGAUCCAGGAAGCGAUGACGAAACCGCCGACAGUGAAGACCCCGAUGCAGAAGUGGUCAAAGGCCGGGGUGACUUUAAGUAUCUACGUGCUCUGGCUGCAUUUUAUAUACGCCUUACAUUCGAACCGGUCGAUAUCUACAAGUAUCUUGAGCCAUUGUUGCUUGAUUACAGAAAAUUGAAGCAGAGGAGGCGCGAAAAUUAUCUCCUCACAACUAUGGAUCAAUUCAUCGAUAGUCUUCUUACAAAGGAUCGUGUCUGUGCAACAAGUCUGUGGAAGAUACCUCCUAGACAACAACUAGAGGAUCUUGAUCUAUUGGAGGAGCGGGUGAGUCCACUGGCAGAUGAGUUGGACGAGCUUGAUCGCGAAAGUGAGGUUAGCUAUCAUAGCGGUGGUAGCGACAACAGUGACCGUGCAUCAAACGGCGGACAAGAGGAGGACUGA